AUGGCAAAUGUAAUUUCGGGUUAUAUUUUGUGUUCCGUUUCUUUGCACACAAUGACUGCUAUAGCUGUGGACAGACUUCUCUCCCUGUUACUGGGGAUCAGAUAUAGACAAGUUGUAACUUCGAAGAGAAUAUGUGUAACUUUAACGGUUACGUGGGUUUGGUCAUUUGCCGGCACAUCAAGCGUGUUAUGGAAUCCCCUUGUAGCACGAUGGUGGAUAUACUUCACCAUACCUCUCUGUCUGGUAACCCCGGGUAUCUGUUACGCAAAAAUUUUCAUCACUCUUCGCGGUCAUAGCCAAGUU